GAUUGAUGCUUCAAUUUCCCCUUCUCUCUUCUCUCUAGGCCAGAAGCACCCUUUUCUUCCCUCUUCCCCCUCCUCCUCCUCCUCUACAUCCCUCCAACUUCAUUUCUCUUCUUUAAAGUGUCAAGUGUAUCAUCAUCGCAUAACCGCCGACGGCACGGCUACAGACGGAACCACCAUAGCCGACAACCUUGAACGACAGUCUAAAAAUGUCGACAACCGACAAGCCCGAAAUAUCCUUUGUCGACGACAGGGACGACGAUGCCCGGUCCGGCUCGGAGAAGGCGCCUGUAGUGCGCAUAAUCGACGAUGUGCGCGUUCUGGGGCUGAGUGAGGAUGAUGCCGAGUUUUAUGCCAAUUUCACGCCAGAGCAGCGCAAGACGACAAUUCGCAAGGUCGACGUCCGCUUGGUGCCGAUGCUCGCGGUUCUCUACCUCAUUUCCCAUCUCGACCGCGCCAACAUUGGCAACGCCAAGAUUGAAGGCCUGGCCGAGGACCUGGGGCUCAGCGGUGUUCAGUGGAAUAUCGCCCUCAGUCUCUUCUUCGUUCCCUAUGUCCUUCUUGAGGUCCCUAGCAACAUUAUCCUCAAAAAGUUCAACCGUCCCUCCGUCUACCUCGGUACCCUCGUAACGAUUUGGGGCGUCAUCAUGACCUGUCACGGCGUUGUCAAGAACUUUGCCGGCCUUCUCAGCGUUCGUCUGCUCCUCGGAGUCUUUGAGGCCGGUUUCUACCCUGGCGCCGUUUACCUUUGCACAUUCUGGUACUUGCCUCGCGACCUCGCAGCCCGCAUCGCCUGGUUCUACUGCACAUCCGCCCUCUCCGGCGCCUUCUCCGGCCUCCUCGCCGCCGCAAUCGCAAAGAUGGACGGCGUAGGCGGCUACGAAGGCUGGCGCUGGAUCUUCAUCCUCGAAGGCAUCUUCACCGUCGGCCUCGGCAUCGCCACCUUCUUCUUCCUCAUCGACCGCCCCUCGCUCAGCGGGAAGUGGCUUACGCCCGAAGAGAUCCGCUUCCUCGAGAUCCAGCACUUCAUCAAGCAGGGAGGCCGCUUCCAGGACGAGAAGCAAGAAGACAAGUUCAAGUGGCACGAUCUCAAGGCCGUUGUCACGAAUUGGCGGCUGUACAUGCAGGCGUGGGCGCUUCUCGCUACCUCGGCAUGCAGUUACGGUACCAAGUUCACGCUGCCUACCAUCACAAAGGCCAUGGGCUUCAACAACACGGCCGCGCAGCUUAUGACGGUCCCGCCGUACUUUUGCGGUGCUGCCUCUGCUAUUUUCUUCGCUCGCCUGUCGGACAGAUACUACUGGCGCAUGCCCUUCGUCGCGAUCCCCAUGGGCCUCAUCACCAUCGGCUACGGCGUCAUCAUCUCCUUCAAGGGUGACUUGUCCGGCAACAUUGCGGGAGCCAUGGUCGGCGUUAUCAUCACCUGCAUGGGUAUCUACCCCAUCCAGCCCGCGGGUUCCUCCUGGGCGGCAAACAACCUCGCGCCAGCCUCGCGCCGCGCCAUCGGUGUCGCCUUCAAUAUUUGCGUGGGCAACAUUGGUGGUAUCAUCGGCAGCUACAUGUACCUCGACAACGAGAAGCCCAAGUACUACACCGGUUUCGGCCUGUCGCUGGCCUUUGGCGGUAGCGGUCUGAUUGUCGCGCUGCUGCUCGAGUGGAGCUACAAGUGGGGGAAUGACAGGAAGGCCAAGAUGUCCGAGGAGGAGAUUCGGGCAAAGUACACGGAGCAGCAGCUUAUGGAUAUGGGCGACAAGAGCCCUCACUUCAAGUACACUUUGUAAGAGCUCUCCAAGAGGCUCUUCAGAGGCUCUGGACGAUGGAUGGUACAGAUCGGGCCUUGGUGGCCAGUUGAUGGCUUUGGAGGAUACAAUGGGCGCGGCGUGUGGAAAAUGUUCUUGACACUUAUUAUUUUUUUUCCCCGAGUAAAUAGCGAUUGUUGAUGCCGAUAAUGAACAGCAAUCCUUUCUGGCCC